ACACGAAAUGGAGAUUGUCGUUAAGGAUUUCCGUUCUUUUAUAUAUUUUGUCAUUGAAAGACACUAAUUUGUGUAAUUUAUUUAUUCUUGUUGUGAAAAUUAUAUUUAUAAUUUUUCAGUUUUUAUACAAAUGUAAAAGAUUUUAAAUAUGGGUACUAGAUCAAAAAAUAGAAUUAAAGAAAUGAUUACCAAGGAUCUUAUGAAUAUCCAUAAUACUUGUCAAGAAGUUAAAAAGUCUAUUAAUGAUAAUUUACAAGAUACUUUGAAUUAUUUACAUAGUUUAAUUGCUCAAAUACCACAAUCAGCUUCUGGACCUUUAAUUACAAAGACACCAAGUGUUCUAAGGAAAAGAGGCAUUCAAUGUAUUGAAACUAUUCCAGAAAAUGAUAUUAUUAUUAUUGAUAAUACAUUAUCAAAUAUUAGUGUAAUAAAUGAAAAAACAGAAAAUAAAAAUAUAAAAAAUGAAAAUAUAGAAGAAACUAUUGGUCGGAAAAAAAGAGAAGCCUCAAUGAAAGCUGCAAAUAAUAUUAAAAUGCAGCAAUCAAUAUCACUUAAUACAAAAUUACGAAGACCAUCAAACUUUGAAGGAGACAUUGUUUUAAAUAAGAAACGUGAAAGUGCAUCUAAAAGAAAAAAAUCUGCUAGAAGUAGUUCAGAUGAAGAUACCUCACAAGGUCCUACAAAACAUAGUAAAACAGAAGAGAAAAAUGAAACUCUUUUAAAGAAAAUUACAGAUAUAAAUUUACAAAACCAUUCUCCUAUAAUAGUACAUACAAUAGAACAAGAAAAAAAUGAAUUAUCUUCUUCAAUAAGAACAAGAAGUUCAAGUAGAAAAAGAACUUUUUCACAAAGUGAAAAUAUGAAAAAUAAAAAAUCUAAUAAUAUCGAUGAUACACUCAUUGCACCAAUAACAAAUGAUAUUGAUGAACCUUCAAUGUAUGAGGAUGCAAUUGGAAAACCUACUCCUAUUAUGAAUUCUACAAUGAAUUUCAAUUCUACUUUUACUACACAAAAAAUUAUGAAUGCUACAGUAGUUUUGGAACCUUUAUCAACAGUAAAACUAAAUGAGACUGUGACAAUUAAAAAAACUUCAGAUAAUAAUAUCAGAAAUAGUAAUGAACAAAAAACAGUUGAAAAGACAGAAUUCAGAACUUUUAAAAUACCAUCUUCUCCAUCACCUUCCUCAAUGGCUCUACAAUAUAGAAUGCAUCAAUUAAAACAAGCCAUGGUUAAUAAAGAAUUUGAUGAAUUACUCACAGAAGAUGAAUCAUCCCCUGAAGUGAAAAAACCAAAAGCAAAUAUUAAAAAACAAGAAAUUAGAAAACGACAAAAACGUUUAAAUAAUUCUACAACAUCAAGUGAUGAUGGAAUACCUAAUACUCCAGCGAAACCAACUUUGAAGGAAAUUAGCACAAUUAUUAAUACAGGAUUCCAGGAAAUGAGAAAUACAUAUAAAUCGAAUGCUUUGUUUAGUCCAUAUGCUAAGGAAUCUGUAAAAAAAAGAGUUGAAGCAUUUGAGCAAGUAGGCAUGAAUAGUCCAAAACCUGUUGUUGAUAUUGAUGUACCCACUAGAAUAACUAGAACAAAAACUCGUGCUAGAGCUGCUGCACAAGCAGAAGCUUUAGAAAAUAUGAAUAUUACAGAGAAAACAGUUGCUCAUAAAUUGGCACGAAAAUCACUUGCAAAAGCCAAAAAAAUUUCACUAGCAAAGCAGAAUAAGGAUAUUGAUGAACACAAAGAGAAUAAACUACAAUCGGCACAAAAAAUUAAAAUAAUUUCAAUGGAAAAAAUAAACUACAAACAACAACAGAAGACCACUCCAUUAACUAAAACAAAGACUCAAUUACCAUUAUCUGUUAAUCGCAUUCCUCAUACUCCAUCAAAUCAAAUUAACACAAAUAAUAAUAAACCUUUAAGUGCUGUGCGUUCAAAUAUUAUUACAUCGGUAGAAUCUUUAAUUCAAGCUCCAAAAUCAGUCAAUAAACGUAAUUCAUUAGAUAAAAUAGAUGAAAAAAAACGAAAAUUAAACGAAGAGGAUGCAAGAAAAAAACGAGAAGAGGCAUUGAGACUUCAAACAGAAGAAAAAAGAAGGAAAAGACAAGAAAAAGAAUUAAGAAAUAAAUUAGCAAGAGAAGCAAAAGAAAAACAAGAUAUGGAAAAACGUCAAAAAGCUGAAAAAGAAAGAGAAGAAAAAGCACGUUUAGCGCAACAAUUGCAGGAGAAACAACGAGAAGAAAUGGAAAAAAAACGUUUGGCUCAAUUACAACGAGCUCAGGAAAAAGAAGAAAGGAGAAAACAAGAAGAACAACUUCGUUUGCAACGUUUACAAGAACAAGAAGAAGCAGAACGUAUAUUAGCUGAACAAAGACGCCGAGAACAGGAAGCUGAAAGACGAAAAGAAGCUGAAUUAAGAACUCAACAACAAGCUGCGAUUGAAGCAAUGAAAGCUAAAAAUCAAAUGCUUGCACAAACAAAAUAUGGAUCUAAAUAUAAUGGACCAACAACUUACAUUUUGGACAGUGAACCUGACGAUGAUGAUUCAGAUGAUGAAACUAAACCAAAGCAUACAAUUCCAUAUUGGGCGCAAUCGCAAGUACGUAAAACUCAACUUGCAAUACAACGAUAUAUUCCGGAAAAAGCAGUUUUUAAAUUCUUUGAUACCAGAAAGUGCACACCAGAUUUGACUCAACUGUUUCAUGGCAUAGAUAGAAAUAAAUUAAAACGUACAUCCAGUGCAAUCUGGAAGACACCUCCGCGUUAUUCCAUGAUGGAAACUGAAUGAAAGAUCUUACCGCGCCAUUGGUUCGUUAACUUUAUAUUUCCGAUAUGGUUGGCCUGUUUCUAAUCUCCAAAGAAUUAUCUCUCCAUUAAAAGUUGCUGUAGCCAAUACUUGAGGAUACCACAUAGCUGAACAAAGAAUAUCAUCAGUAUGAAUUAGCCCCCAAUUUUUUUUAUAGAUAUACGCAUCGGAAAUUGCGAAUUCUACAACUUGGCGGUUCCAACUACUGCACAAAAUUCGAUUUUCCAACCAAACUAAACUUGUUACUUCACUAUAUAGAAUAAUGAAAUAAACGUAUAAGAAAUAUAUUUUGAUAUUAUAUAACUUAGUAAUAAAUAACAAAAGUAGCUAGAGCAACUCUUAAUAGAAAAAAAUAACAUAAUAUAAUAGGAAUAUACCAUUGAGUUUCAAGUUCCAUGUUUCGUAAACAAGUACCAGUAUUAAAAUGCCAUAUUUUUAAUGUUCCAUCUCGAGCACCUGUUACUAAUAAUUGUUCAGAUUCAUCAAAACAUGCAGCAGUAAUUUCAAUAUCAUGAAACUGGCCAUACAAAAAUCUGCUAUGUGCAUGUGUUACUAAGAAUAAGCGAUUUCCAAGCCAUGGAUCCCAAAUUAUUAUACAAGAAUCUAAUCCAGUUGAAACUACCUAAGUUUUUGUAUAAAUAAUUAAAUAAAAUAAUGUAAUUUCUGAUGUAGAGAUUACAAAAAAUAUAAAUUACCACUUUAUAGAGAUGAUUAUAUAAAACACAAGAGACAGAUUUUGUAUGUGUAAAGCCAUCAGAUUCUUCUUCAUCAACUUGAGGAUCACAAACAAUUAUUGCAAUUAUUGCACCAGCAACAAUCAUUUUACGAUUUAAUGUAUUAUACACUAUAGUCAUUGUUGUAUGUUCCCCUAAUUCACUAGGAAGACCAUUGUAUGUCUAUGUAAAAUAAUUAAAUUUUAUAUUAUUAUUUAAUUAAUAUUAUUCUAUUUCUGUAAAUAAAAUAUUAAUUAACUGAAA